CUCGAGACGCGGUGGUUCGUCGGCCCGUGCACGCGCGCCCUCGCAAGCACGCCAUGCGAGAGAUGGCCUCUCCUCUUUCAGCUCUCUGAUAGGUCAAAGGCCCGUCCACUAGGCAGGUCAAGCUUGUAGCUGAAGGGCGGCGAGUGCUUCUCGGGCCACUGGAGCCGGCGAUGGCGUCGCACGAGGGACACGCGCUGGACGACGAAGACCCGCUGCCCGUGAUCCUGACGGGUGACGACGACGACGAGGCUCCCUUCGAAGACAUCCGCUUCUCGUACGAGAGCAAGCCGGAGCCAGGAACGGAUCUGUGGGACACCGAGGACAUGACGCGACUAGAGCUGGCGAAGUGCCGUGCGUAUGUCCGCGUGGUGGAGUUGGACCCGAAGAUGGGCACAUACCGCCUGCGGAUGAAGUGCCUCUGGUUCUUCCGCACGCUGAACUCCAAAGAGGAGGCUGAGAUUGGCUUGCGAGGCGUCCCAGGAGUCCGCAUGCCAGGGCUCAUCGUGACAGUGGAAGAGAGCAGGAUAUGGAAGGACCUGACCCUCGCCGGCGCCUCGCCAACGACGACCAACAAGACUUUGUGCUGGAGAGGCGUAACUUUGCUUACCUUGGAAGGGUUCAAGGCGUUCAAUAUGGUAGAUUUUCCCUUCGACCGACAUUUCUUGAGUCUGGAAAGAAUGGAGUUCGUUUGGCGUGUGCAUAAAGACGAAGCUGACUACCACAAGUCCAUGAGACUUGUGAGUUUCGAAGUGCACACUUCUUCCAUGCUCCCCGAAUGGAGAACCUUCCGUGCCUACAUCAGGCCAUUGAAUGAAACUCCAGAGGGCGAUUGCAGAACUCCAGGUUCGAUGUCGGCACCGACCCACGCGUCGAAAUUCACGGUCCACCUGCGGCUUCAGCGCAAGCACCGCUUCUAUUCUUGGCAGGUUUUUCUGGUGGCCUAUUUGAUCACAAUGUUGUCCAUGACGCCGCUGGGCAUGCCUCCUGGUAAGGUGUAUCUGGGUGAGCGCCUUGGCUUGUACAGCGGCGGGAUGCUCACCCUGGUCGCCUUCAAGUACGGUGUUUCGGAUCGCCUGCCCUGCGUGCCAUACCAGACGUUUACCGAUUGGUUCUUGUUGUUCGGAGUGCUUACGAUAUUCGCUGCCGCUGUCGCCACCUUGUACCCCAUCAGGGCGGUAUCAGAAGAUGAUUGGGAGGUGGAGCUCCUGGACGUGGCGGAGAAUUCCGUUGGGGGAUGUGUUGGCUUGGCCUGGACCGUGGCGUUGCUGUACGCUUGCUUCUGGAAGCCGCGGAGACGUAUCAACUGGCGAGAUAUUUUCAUCCAAGACAUGGAGGCACUGGAUCCUUUCGGGAGGGAUGAGACUUUGGGGCAUGCAUUCGAACUGGAGGAUCGGACCCAUGGCAGUCCUCAUAAUCAAAUUAUCAAGAGUGCCGGGAGCCCCACGUCCCCCUCCAAGGAGACAUCGGAGACACAUGUGCCGAACGGCCCAUCAGUCGAGGUGCCCAAGGGCCCUGCGAGCGACUGGACUGUGAAGGAGGUUGCAAUGUUCGUUUCGAGUCUAGGGCUCGGCCAUUGUCUUCACCACUUCAAGGACAACGCUGUGGACGGUAAGAUGCUCGUCGAGCUUUCCAAGAAGGACAUGCAGGAAGAGCUCUGUCUGCGUCCGCUCCAGGCCAGGAAGCUGUUAUCUCAUUUGAGCCAUCACAGGAGGUAAUAUUGCCAGGCUGUCACGGCAAUGUUGAGCAGGACAGAGCAACGUAUCUGCAGCUCGAGCAGCCUCCUCCUUCUCACUUGGACAGCAAACUGCCAUGUCUCAGACUCUACUUUGACAUGCCGCGGCUCGAGGAUUUGCACGAUUGCGCGCCAAGGUAAAGGGG